AUCAGAGGUGGCAGCGUGCGGAAGCGGAAGUGAGGUUUCCGUGGAGACAGCCGAGCCUGCGGAAGGCGGCGGCGGCGGCACCUGCGAUCAGCGGCUGGGGCAGGUUAUGGUGGUGCGGAGUGCGCUGUGAGCAGAGCGGCCACGGGGCCCGCCAUGCGCCGGCGGCCCUGACAUGGGCGCCAGCGGGUCCAAAGCUCGGGGCCUGUGGCCCUUCGCCUCGGCGGCCGGAGGCGGCGGCUCAGAGGCAGCAGGAGCUGAGCAAGCUUUGGUGCGGCCUCGGGGCCGAGCUGUGCCCCCCUUCGUAUUCACGCGCCGCGGCUCUAUGUUCUAUGAUGAGGAUGGGGAUCUGGCUCACGAGUUCUAUGAGGAGACAAUCGUCACCAAGAACGGGCAGAAGCGGGCCAAGCUGAGGCGAGUGCAUAAGAAUCUGAUUCCUCAGGGCAUCGUGAAGCUGGAUCCCCCCCGCAUCCACGUGGAUUUCCCUGUGAUCCUCUAUGAGGUGUGACCCUGGGAGGUGGCAGACAGAAGCACCCCCUGCCCCAGCAAGAAACUCCCAGGCUCAAUCAAGGUGUGGCUUCCAUUGAGGAGCCCAGGCUGGGGCCACAACCCUGAAUAAACUCCGUUGGCCCAUAACCUUCAGCUGUGAGCGGGUCAGUCCCGCAGUAUUGGUUGGGUGUUGGUUUGUGUGUGGACAAGAGGUGGUUGGUGGGUGGUGAAGGCUAAUGGCAGAGUUAGCACCCCACUCUCCCAAGCCACCCCUGCAAGCAGCACAGCAGGGCAUAUACCAGUCAGGAAUGCCCGUUACCUGGUUCCUUGCCUGGUCUGCUUUCUUCCAAGUUUGCCUGGGGCCUAGCCCUGCUAGAGGCUACAGCACUUUACAAGCAAGGUAUGCCUUCUUCCAGCCCCUAGGCUGUGGGCACUGUAUACAAGUAGGAACUUCCUUUCCUUCACUUCCCUUUUAACCCCUAGUCAGAGCAUUUCAGCCAUUGUUUCAGCUACCUCGAUUCCUCCUGUGUUGGACAGAGGCUGGGGGCAGUGCCAGCCUGAUUCUUCCGACCUACCUGCCAUUUGUUCCCGCCUUCAGAUGGAUGGACAGUUUGCUGGCUAUUGAUAGGAGUGGGGACUGGGUGGGGGCUUCUGCCUUUACCCAGGGCUGGGCUGAUCCCCCUACUGCAACUAACUGUUGCCCCCCCCACCCCAAACCCCCAGUUUAGGAGUUGAGAGAGUGCAGGCUGGGGUCAGGACAGGCUGCGGAUGCUUGUGCCUAUGGGGAGUUACUCCAACCCACCUAUUCUGUCUAAUCCCCAUGGCUUUGCACCAAAUCCUCCACCCCUCCAAUUGGGAGGGGACUGUUCACCACCUUGUGGUAAGGGACAACACCCUAAGGCUGGUGCCAGUAGUUAUGAGUAGCCUACCACCCCCUCCCUUACAGUAACCCCCACCCCUUCAGGAUCAGUCAAGGGAAAGCACUAGAACCCCUGGGUAGGGAAAGAAAGGAGGGAAAAACCAUAAAAGGAAUACUUAUAAUGUGAAGGUUUGUAAAUAGUCCAUGAUGAUGUCGUGGCAGAGUCUGAUUUCUAUAUAGAGGUGACUUUUUUUUUAAGUACUGUGCAAGCUCUGUGCUUCUAGAAUGUGGGAAAUGGCUUGGGAAGGAUGGCCCCUAGCUUAGGAAGACUGUUGUGUUAUUUGUUCAAUUUCAAUAAAAUGAUUUGUAGAUCCUGCA